CCAAUCAGCGAGCGCGACUCAUCAGCGCUCUCGGAAGUGGGCGGGCUCAAGUCCGCGCAUGCGCCCAACGCCCUUCCUUUCCCUUUGGGAUCCGGGCCGAAGCGGCGCCAUCGCGGGGAAGCCGAGUCCUCGGCAACCAUGAAGGGGUUCAUAAAGACAGUGAAGAGCAAGGCGUACUUUAAGCGCUACCAGGUCAAGUUCAAGAGGCGUCGUGAGGGAAAGACCGACUACUUUGCACGCAAGCGCCUGAUCGUUCAGGACAAGAACAAGUACAACACGCCCAAGUACCGGCUGAUUGUGCGCCUCACCAACCGCGAUGUCAUCUGCCAGGUGGCAUACGCUAAGAUCGAGGGCGACGUGAUGGUGUGUGCCGCCUACUCGCACGAGCUCUCCAAGUACGGCAUCACCGUGGGACUCACCAACUACGCCGCCGCCUACUGCACCGGCCUGCUGCUGGCGCGCCGCCUGCUUGCCAAGCUGGGCCUGGACAAGGUGUACGAGGGGCAGACGGACGUGACGGGCGAUGAGUUCAACGUGGAGAGCGUUGACGGACAGCCCGGCGCCUUCACCUGCUACCUGGACGCGGGGCUCACGCGCACCACCACCGGCAACAAGGUGUUCGGCGCGCUCAAGGGCGCCGUCGACGGGGGCCUCUCCAUCCCACACAGCACCAAGCGAUUCCCGGGCUACGACUCUGAGAGCAAAGAGUUCAACGCGGACGUGCACCGCAAGCACAUCCUGGGCGUGAACGUGGCGGACUACAUGCGCUCGCUCAUGGAGAACGACGAGGACGCCUACAAGCGGCAGUUCUCUCGCUACAUCAAGGGCGGAGUCGUCCCCGACAUGGUGGAGGGGCUGUUCAAGAAGGCUCACGAGACGAUCCGAGAGAACCCGGUGCACGAGAAGAAGCCCAAGAAGGAAGUGACGAAGAAGCCCAAGAGGUGGAACCGCGCCAAGUUGUCUCUGGCCCAGCGCAAGAACAGAGUUGCUCAGAAGAAGGCGAGCUUCCUGCGGGCGCAGGCCAGCGAGCCGGCGGAGUGACGUGCGCUCUUGGGGCUGUGAUGCUGCCAGCGCCACAGCUGCCGGCCAAGGGCAGCAUGCGCGUGCUGCAGGGCGGGAGCUUGUGGUGCUGGUUGGGAAAGCAUUCGUAAAUGAUCUAACCUUGGAUAUUUCAAUAAAAGACACAAAACGAGGAA